CGUGUUCGGGCUGCGGUGACGAUACGCCAAGGGGUUGUGACGUAAGACGCACGAGCUCGGCCUGCUAUAUAAAGCGCGUAAUUCGCCGUUUUACGCAUAGACGACUUCUGUUGUGAGGAGGGAAGACGCAGGUCGAAGGUACCGGGAGCAAGGUAAGAGAUGGCACGUACAAAGCAGACCGCCCGUAAGUCCACUGGUGGAAAGGCUCCCCGUAAACAACUGGCCACCAAAGCUGCCAGGAAAAGUGCGCCCUCUACUGGAGGUGUGAAGAAGCCCCACCGUUACAGGCCUGGCACUGUUGCUCUGCGUGAGAUCCGUCGUUACCAGAAGUCAACUGAGCUGUUGAUUCGUAAGCUCCCCUUCCAGAGGCUGGUGAGAGAGAUUGCACAGGACUUUAAGACUGACCUCCGCUUCCAGAGUGCUGCUAUUGGAGCCCUGCAGGAGGCCAGUGAAGCAUAUCUUGUUGGUCUGUUUGAAGACACCAACCUGUGUGCCAUUCAUGCGAAGAGAGUGACCAUCAUGCCCAAGGACAUCCAGCUUGCUCGCCGGAUACGAGGAGAGCGGGCAUAGUGGCACUUGUGGAGUUUUUAUAGUGAUUGUGUAUAAUACUUUGUUAACUUGUGUUUUUAUUUUCUAUGGAUCGUCUCCUUUUUGUAACAGAUAACCAUUCCAUCUGCCACUCAGGGUAAAUGCUUCUGAUUCUGGCUGUCCUGGGUAUAGACUGAUGCUGGGCAGCGGGUGCUUCUGCAUGACCUUGGUCCUGUUCCACUAUGCUCUGCAGCCAAUGCAAUAAGCAGUCAGUAAGGGAUUCUCCAGCCUGUGUGCUGAUGGGGAGAGGUCUUCAUGCUUGGUAACGCCUUGUAUCUUCUGCACCAGGCUAAUAUUCAGGGUCAGUAAGUGUUCCUGCCUAGAGUAACCAUGGGACUGUUAGUCAUUGUUUCACUCAUUGUAACUCAGAUUUGGAUGGUCACUGCAGCUUGUCCAACAUGAGGUGACCUGGUGCUUUGUACAGUGCAGACUGAUGUGUUAACAAGGCAGCUACAGACACGAUGUGCAUUUAUGAGAGCUAUUUUAUAUUGUAGUGUCAGUAUUCUAAAUUAAAUGUUUUCAUUCA